AUGAAUCGUUUGCGGAAGCAACAAGAGGAGACGGAUAAGAUGACACGCAUUGCCAUCGUCGAGAAGGAUCGUUGUAAACCAAAAAAUUGUGGACUUGCAUGCAAGAAAUCAUGUCCUGUUGUACGAAUGGGAAAGCAGUGCAUUGUCGUGGAAAGCAAUUCUAAAAUGGCGGAAAUAUCGGAAACUUUAUGCAUUGGUUGCGGUAUCUGUGUGAAGAAAUGUCCUUAUGAGGCAAUAAAAAUUAUAAAUUUGCCGAGUAAUUUAGCCAAAGAUACAACUCAUCGAUUCAGUAAAAAUUCCUUCAAACUGCAUCGUUUACCAACGCCACGUACUGGCGAAGUACUAGGUCUUGUUGGCACAAACGGAAUUGGAAAAUCGACAGCAUUAAAAAUUUUGGCUGGAAAAUUAAAACCCAAUCUUGGAAAAUUUGAGUCUCCACCUGAUUGGCCAUCAAUCUUGUCCUACUUCCGUGGUUCAGAAUUGCAAAAUUAUUUCACAAAAAUAUUAGAAGACAAUUUGAAAGCCGUUGCAAAGCCACAAUAUGUUGAUCAAAUUCCAAAGGCAGCGAAAGGACAGGUACAAGAAUUAUUAAUAAAAAAGUGCGAUCGAGAAAAUUUGUUGCAAAUUUACGAAGAGUUAGAGCUUACUGGUGUCAAAGACCGAAUGCUUGAUCAGUUAUCCGGCGGAGAAUUGCAGCGUUUUGCAAUAGCGAUGUGCGUUGUGCAGCGUGCUGAUGUUUACAUGUUCGAUGAGCCAUCCAGUUAUUUAGAUGUGAAACAGCGCUUAAAAGCAGCUAAAAUUAUUCGAGAUUUAGUAACACCACAUAAUUAUGUCAUUGUCGUAGAACAUGAUUUAGCUGUACUGGAUUAUCUCUCUGAUUAUGUAUGCUGUCUCUAUGGUAUGCCAGGUGUUUAUGGUGUUGUAACACUGCCAUCUGGUGUUAGGGAAGGUAUUAAUAUAUUUUUGGAUGGCUUCAUUCCAACUGAAAACAUGCGUUUCAGAGAUUCGGAGUUAUCCUUCAAAGUUACUGAUCAAGCGGAGAAAGAAGUGGUCAAACGAACAGCUCGUUAUACAUAUCCAUCAUUCACUAAGCAUAUAGGAAAUUUUGAAUUAAAAGUUGAAGGUGGUGAAUUUACUGAUUCUGAAAUCAUUGUUAUGCUUGGAGAAAAUGGAACUGGAAAGACAACAAUGAUUAGGAUUCUUGCUGGUAAUUUGCAAGUGGAUGAUGAUUUAACAGAAAUUCCGCGGCUAAAUAUAUCUUAUAAACCGCAAAAGAUUAGUCCAAAAUCACAGUGUUCCGUGCGACAUCUUUUAUAUGAAAAAAUACCUGAUAUGGUUAAUCAUGCACAAUUUAAGACGGAUGUUUUAUCACCACUAAUGAUCGAUGAUUUACUGAACCUUGAAGUGCAACAUUUAUCCGGUGGUGAAUUACAACGAGUUGCACUAGCUUUAUGUCUUGGAAAAGUAGCUGAUGUUUAUCUGAUCGAUGAACCAAGUGCAUAUCUUGAUUCAGAACAACGAUUGCAUGCUGCCAAAGUUAUAAAAAGGUUUAUACUGCAUGCCAAAAAGACCGCAUUCGUUGUUGAGCAUGAUUUCUUGAUGGGAACUUAUCUUGCUGAUCGUGUAAUAGUUUUUGAAGGUAUACCGUCAAAGUCAGCUACCGCACAAUCACCUCAGUCACUUUUGGAAGGUAUGAACCGGUUUUUGCGACUUUUGGAUAUAACAUUUCGACGUGAUAAGGAUAAUUAUCGCCCACGUAUUAACAAAAAAGAUUCUGUAAAAGAUAUGGAACAGAAGAAGAGUGGGAAUUACUUCUUUCUAGAUAUAGAUUAA